GUUAAAUUUGCGGAUAAUUAAUUCCAGUAGACGAAUAUAACGAACAUCUAAGAAUAGAAUUAUUAGACCCAAAAUACUAGGAAAAUAAGAAAGAAAUAAUGGCAAAUGCAAAAAAAGUGUCCAUAGUGCAUGAUUCUUAAAUUAUUUAAAAUCUUAAAGAAAUGUAAGAUUCGAGACCAGAUAUUUUCGGACUUUCAGCCGAAUAAUUUGAAAGAAGUUAAAUUUAAUAAAUUUAAUAAGGAUUAAAUAAUAAACCUAUUUGGGAUGGAUAAUCAGCUACUAUGACAAGAACUACAGCUACUGUGGCUAUGCUUUAAUAAUAAUAAAGAAGAUAAUAUGAAGAUAUUUAGAAAAAAAAUUAUAGAAUUCAUUUAAUGGAGGAUAAGAUGAUGAUUAAGAUGAAAAAUAC